AUGGCACAGCAAGAUUCGAACAACAGCUACAAACAAGGCCACUCAGACUACACGACGGCAAAUCAUGAAAGGCGGACUGCUGAAGUGGACGCCGCUUUUCUACUGCCCUACAUCAAAAAGUCUGACCACAUUCUGGAUGUGGGUUGUGGACCUGGCACGAUCACCACAGGACUUGCAAAAUAUGCCACGGAAGGCAAAAUUGUCGGUCUCGAUCUGUCAGAGAAUGUCUUGGAAAAGGCCCAGGAACUGGCAACUGAUGGGCACAUAUCAACCGAAGGGCCUGGAUCGGUCACAUUUGAGCACGGAAAUGUCCUAAACGGAUUACCGUACCCAGACAACACCUUUGACAUCGUCUAUUCUUCACAGGUACUGGGACAUAUGCCGCUUCCUGACGGACCACGCCAGGCACUGGAAGAGAUGCGCCGUGUACUCAAGCCCGGAGGGCUUUUGGCUUCGCGUGAUGGUGCAUUCAGUCAUUUUCACCCAAGUCGGCAUCAGCUCGACCGGCUAUGGGGAGAGAACUUGAACAAAAUGCUGCGGCACGGCUCCUCAUGGUCCAUGGAUACCAACGGUGCAAGGAUGCCUGAAUUCUACCGCAGCGCUGGCUUCGACACAGACGAUGGCGACAAAGUGAAAAUUGGAGCCGGAAGCUCAAUCUCAACCGGUAAAGAGACCCGGACCUGGCUCGCAUGGCGGGCGAAAGGCCAGCUGACUCCCGGGGACCCAUUUUACAAAAACUGGCGCGAGGCUGGAAUCAGCGAAGAGGAGACGCGAGAGACUUUAGAUGCUGUGCAAGCAUGGGCUGACACCGAAGAUGCUUGGCUUGCGUCGCUGCAGUGUGAGAUGCUAGCGUGGAAGUAG